CUACACCUAUGCUUCAGUAUAUCACGAUUAUGUACGGGCUUAUAAAGAUAAGCAUGGAAAUAAUACUCGUGUUAUGUCUGAAACUACCUUUAUUAGAAUCUGGAAGGCUUUAAUACCAUCGCUUCAAUUUAUGUCUCCAAAAUCUGAUCUGUGUGAAUUAUGUGAAACAAUGAAAAUGGAAAUUCAGCAUGCUACGCAACAUGAAAAAAAAGUAGAACUUACAGAAAAUUAUAUAGCUCAUCUAAACCGCGCACAAAAAGAACGUGAUUAUUAUAAUAAUAAUAUAACAAAUGCGAUUGAAGAUAGUAAACGUAAUCCAAACCUUACUAAAUCUCUUAUAUCAUUUAAAACCUUCGAUGGUUGUGCACAUAUCACAUACGACUGGGCUCAAAAUUUACAAAUCCCAUAUUCACCGCAACAAAUUGGAUCUUUAUUUUUUAAAAGUUCUCGUAAGGCACAUUUGUUUGGUGUUUGUAACACAGGCAACUAUCCUAAUACACAGCAAAUAAAUUAUAUAAUCGACGAGGCUGAAAUGCCUGAUGAUGGUAAACAAGGAAAAGGAGUAAACUGCACUUUAAGUUUGGUGUGGCAUGCGAUCCAAAAAUAUAAUCGUGGGGAAAAAAAGUUAAUCGUUACGUGUGACAAUUGUGUAGGUCAAAAUAAGAAUAAUUACUCAUUAUUCUUUUAUUCGUGGUUAAUUGAUCGUGGUAUGUAUGAGGAAGUUGAAUUAAAUUUUAUGAUACCUGGACACACAAAGUUCAUUUGCGAUGGUUGUUUUGGUCUAAUUAAAAUUCUUUAUCGGAAAAGUAAAGUAAAUACUGUGGAUGAUAUAGUUUCAAUUGUUAAUCGUUCGACCACAAAUAAUUUUAAUGUUGCUCAGCGCUAUUUAGAUGGAGAAG